GUGCGAAUACGGUUUUGUGUGGCCGACUCGGUCUAUGACCAAUGCGUGCGUAUGUCUGAUAAUGUACCUGGCACAUUUUCAUGUAUUAACGCCAGAGAUAAAUAUGACUGUAUGCGCCUAUUGGACAGGGAUGAGGCAGAUAUAGUGAACUUAGACGCCGAGGAUUUGUAUUUAGCCGGAAGACUGUAUGCAUUGGAACCGUUCGUUGUGGAGGAAGUGAACGGAAAUAUAUAUAAGCACCGAUCGGGAGCAUUAGUUCACCGCAAUAUUAACAUCAACUCAAUUAGUGAUUUGAAGGGUCGGAGGGCGUGUUUGGGGGCAUAUAAUUCAGAUUCCGGUUGGAAUAUUCCGGUGGGACUGCUGUUGGCCACCGACACACUGGUGCCCGACUGCAGGGGAGAGAUUGAUUCGGUGCACCAGUUCUUCGGACCGAGUUGUGCGGCCGGCAAGUGGGCCAACGACUCGUAUCUCGACCACGAAUUGAAGAGACGGCACCCAAACCUGUGUAGUCUUUGCAAAGACCCACAGAUGUGUGGGGAUAGGGAUCCGUACGCUGGCGAGGAGGGGGCCAUCAAAUGUCUGAUUGAAGGUGAGGGUCAGGUGGCGUUCACCACCAUUGAGACGACUGACAAUUAUUUCAAAACACGACCGGAGGAACGGGACAAUUACCAGUUCCUAUGUCUUGAUGGCUCACGUAUGCCAAUCACACGGAGGGCGUGCGAGUGGGCGAGAAAGCCUACCAAUGCCUUUGUCAUCAGAAAGGGAAGAGACAAGUAG